AUGGCGUCUUCUUCGGGGAAGAAGAAGAGCAAGAAGGGCUCGGCGUUUGAGGCGCUCGGGCUGUCUUCCUCGACGUCUCUCGCGGCGAUCAAGAACCUCGGGUUUUCGCAGCCGACGCCGAUUCAGCGGCGCGCGAUUCCGCUUCUGCUGCGGCAGCGCGACUGCAUUCUGAUGUCGCGCACGGGGUCGGGGAAGACUGCGUGUUUUCUGCUCCCUCUGCUCGACUUGCUCGGCGAACACAGCUCAGUCGUCGGGAUCCGCGCGGUCUUGGUCGCGCCGACGCGUGAGCUCGUCGCGCAAAUACACCGCGUGAGUCACAAGCUCCUCCGCAACAGUUCGUUGCGGCUGUGCUGCCUGCUUGGCGGCGAGAACUACGCGAAGCAGUUUCUGGCGCUCUCGAAGAACCCCGACAUCCUCCUGACGACCGUCGGUCGCGGGACCCAGCUGAUUCAGGACAAGAUUCUGAACCUCUGCACGGCGUCCUACCUCGUGCUCGAUGAAGCCGAUCAGAUCUUCGAGCUGGGCUGGCGCGACCAGCUCACACUCCUCUUCUCUGCGCUGCCAGCCAACAAGCAGGUUGUGCUAGUCUCCGCGACGCUCCCCGCUGCUCUGAUUGACUUCGCGAAACUCGGCCUGCGAGACCCCGAGUUCGUGCGACUCGACAAAGAAUGUACUCUCAGCGACGACCUUCGCAUGGACUUCCUCUUUGUCCGCGCCGCCCAGAAAAUCCCCACUCUACUCUUCCUCCUCAAACGCACCAUUCAGCGAAGGGAACAAGUUAUGGUUUUCGCGUCAACUCGCCACCAGGCGACGUUUCUGCAAUGCUUCUGCGAGCGUCUCGGAUUUCCCUCGGCGGUUAUCUACGGGGCUAUGGAUCAGGCCGAGAGAGUUCAGACUCUCGGCGCAUUCAAAAAAGGCAAGAUCUCGAUUCUGCUCGUCACGGAUGUGGCCGCGAGAGGCCUUGAUAUCCCUUUUUUACCGUCUGUGAUUAACUUCGACUUUCCGUCCUCUGCGAAACUCUUCGUUCAUCGUGUAGGGCGCACAGCCCGCGCUGGCAGGUCAGGGACGGCGGUGUCUCUCGUUACGGCCGAGGAUCUCCCCUACGCAGUCGAGCUGAUGAGCUUCCUCGGCGGGCGUCUGGUGCCUCCGUGCGCGACGGCGGAAGCGAAGAGCUCGGAUAGUGACGCGGAUGCAAGCGAUGAACGCGCGUCGCUCAAGCGCGAAGAAUGCGCCUCCACUGGUUCCUCCCCCUCGUCUCUCUCCCCCGGCACGGCAUCUUCAUCCGCGGCAGCGUCUCCGUCUGGUUCUGCGUCUGCGGCAGCCUCGCCUUCGGCAGCUGCGUCUGCGGGCGGCGCCUACGUGUUGGCAGGGCCGCCGGCGCUGGUGGAUCCCUUUGUGGAGUUUUGCGAGAACCUGCUGCACUCAGAUGAGGACGUCGCGCUCGCGGGGAAGACCGCGGCUUCGGCGAACGUCAUGUACUACAAGACGCGACCCUCCGCGUCGCGUCAAAGCGUCGAGCGAGCCAAGCAUCUCCUGGCGCAGUGCGGUGGCGCCAUGCUCCUCUCCUCAUUUGCGCAUCCUGCGUACGCCUCACCGUUCGGCACCGCGGCGGAGGCUGCCGGCGGAGGCGAGCGGGCGCUGCCCCAGGACGCGGGCGCGGCCGCCGCGCUGGCGAGUGCCACGAAGCUGCAAGGGGAGGUGCUGCUGAGUCUGCAGCGGUACCGACCCAAGGUCGGCGAACGCGGCAGCGUCCUCUCGGCGAACGUCAUGAAGGGCAUGCACAAUAAGAAGACGGAAAUGCUUCGAUACCGCUCGCUGCUCAGUGAACUGCGCCGCUCGGCGGGCGAGGAGGCGGAGGAGGCGCCGGAGAGCGACUCGGAUCUCCCGGAAGACGAGACCGGAGAGGACGAGGAGGAGGGAGGGAGCUCGGCUGCAGCCAGCGGCUACGAAGCGGACGAGAGCGACCGCGGCGGCGAGGAAGGCCGACGUGGGCGCCGCGUCCGGGUGCGAGGCCGCGACGCAGGAGCGGCUGGAUCUGACCAGGAGGACUUCGACGAAAACGAGAUGGACGCGAGAGGCGGAAAGACAGUGCCGAAAAAAGGCGGCGGCGGCGAGCUGAGUGCGAGCGCCGCGUCGCCGCUGAGGCGGAAGCCUGCGGCGUCGAGCUCCACGGCGAUCGACUCGCUGCUCGAGGCCCGCUCGGCCGGCAUCCCGCGGAUGUCGAAGGCACGCGUGAGCAAGCGCCGACUGCGCAGAGCCGCCAAAGAGAUGGGCGUCUCCUGCGCGUCGGCUGAGGCGAAGGCCCUUUCGCUGGCGCAGCUCCACGCGCGCGAGACCGCAGACGGCGGGGCGGACGGCGACGACGAGGAGGCGGAGAAAAUCAAGAAAAAGGGUGGAUUCUACCUCGACCUCAAGAAAGGCGAAUGCAAAGAGAAAAUCCAGGAAACCAUGCUCAAACUCGACGAAGCAGCCAUGGACCUCGUUGCCGACGAAAACGACGACAUGAAACGGCAACGAUCAACUGAAAAGCAACGAUGGGAUCCGAAGAAGAGGAAGUACAUCAUGAUGAAGAUUGACAGCACGACGGGUCGCGCUGUCAAGCGCAAGCGCGGCACGGAGAAGCAAGAGGAGAAGACAAGCAGCGCCCACCGAUACGCACAGUGGUGUCGCGAGACGAAGCGCCGCAUCCAACGCGUGGGCGAAGAAGAAGACCCCAGCCUGACGUCUGCCAAUGGGCCCCGAAGAGUUGGCGCGGCUGCACUGCGAGACGACUCUUCCGACUCCGAUACGGAGGGCGGCUCGUCCCGCGGAGGGGCGGCCUCGGCGUCUGCGCGCCUGUUGGCAUUCACGGAUAAACAUAAAGGCAUUCAAGAAGCACUGCAGAAGGGCGUGAAGCUGACGCAUAAGCAGCAGCGUAUCGUCAAGAAACUCCAAGCCGGCGUUGUGACCUCCUCGUCGCACGACGGCAAGGCCGGCGCAGCAGGAUCGGUUCUGCCGACGGUUGAGCAGAUUGCGAAGAAGCGCCGACGCGACCAGCAACUUCGUCUGCGCCACGACAAGAAGAAGGCGAUGGAGGAGGCGCGGAAGGGCAAAGAAAAAUGGAUGAAGAAACAGAAAACCAAGGCCGCGAACAAAGGCGCGCGAAAUCGGUCAAUCAUGAUUGUGAAAAAGGGAAACAAAGGCAAACGCAGCCGCCCGGGACGACGAUAA